AAGAAAUUAAGAAGGAAAAAAAAAAAGAGAGAGGAACACGCUAGCUUAAAGCGAUGCCGGGUCUCACGAUAGGCGACACGAUACCGGACCUCGAGGUGGAGACGACCCACGGCAAGAUCCGGAUCCACGACUUCAUCGGAUCCGGAUACGCCAUCGUGUUCUCGCACCCGGGGGACUUCACGCCGGUCUGCACGACGGAGCUCGGGAUGAUGGCGAAGUACGCGCCGGAGUUCGAAAAGAGGGGGGUGAAGCUGCUUGGCUUGUCUUGUGAUGACGUGGAGAGCCACAAGGCGUGGAUUAAGGACAUUGAGGCGUACACUACAGGAUGCAACGUCAGCUAUCCAAUUGCGGCAGACCCGAAGAGGGAAGUGAUAAAGCAGCUGAACAUGGUGGAUCCUGAUGAGCACGAUGACAAGGGUCAGCUCCCGUCAAGGGCCCUUCACAUUGUGGGUCCAGACAAGAAGGUUAAGGUGAGCUUUCUGUACCCGGCCACUACCGGCCGUAACAUGGACGAGGUUCUGAGGGUGGUGGACGCUCUGCAGAAGGCUGCGGAGCGCAAGGUGGCCACGCCGGUGAACUGGAAGCCCGGGGACAAGGUGGUGAUACCCCCCGGGGUGAGCAACGAGGAGGCGGAUAAGAUGUUCCCGCAGGGGUACGAUACCGUGGACCUACCCUCCGAGAAGCAGUACCUCCGUUUCGCAGAAGCUUGAAGGGUUUCAGGUGAAGUAGCUAGUUUUUACUGUUUCGGGUGUUGUGUUCUUAGUUUUAACGUGUUCCUCCUGUUGUGGUGGUGUGGUCGGUGGGAUGAUGAAGGGGGGAUACGGUGGCUUCUCAUGUAUGUUCAGAGGUGUGUAAAUGGAAUUAUGUGUUUAUGGGUGUUA